AAACAAAGGGUGAAGAGUUGGCUUGUCGCCAUAUUUGUUUGGGUUGAUAAAAAUUGUACACAUUUUAGCAUUUUUGUAGUGUAUUUAAGUGCUUACACCAUGGCAGAAAAUCAGGAAGGUGGUACAGCACAAGAAAGUGGAGGAUAUGACUAUAAACGGCUGCAUAGUUACCCUUUGAUUCGGGUGAGUUAAAGGGAAUUGAAUCGCACAGUCAGUAUGGUGGUACAACUGUUGUAGUAGUAAUGGUGCACGUUUUUCGUUUGAAUCACUCGGUUACAUGAGGCCUUGAUAUUUCCCUUUAUACACUUUUUUCAGUAUUCGGAUAUGAAUGAUGAAAUGCGGACUGAAGCGAUGGAGCUCUGUGUAACAGCUUGUGAAAAGUUUUCAACGAAUAACGAGGUAAAUAAAUUUUGUUUACUUCAAAUGUUAUUAAAUUUUAUCAUGAUCGUGGCCGCUUGGAUACCUAAUAAGUUCAGGUGGGAGUAUUCAACUUGCUUCUUGGUAUCCUUAGCUCAUUUUAGAUGAACUGCAUGACCGGAAUUUUUAUAAUCCAAUUUUAUUUCCAUGCUAAACACUAGUUUCCUACUUUAGACCUCCUUGUCCUCCACUGGGGGCUGAGGUGAACUUCUGAUUGGGCUGAAUAAACACCUUUGUCCUUUACCGUUUGGAGCCAAACAGUUGAAAUGGAAUGAAUUAUGUAAAUUUAAUCAAUAUUUUGCUGGCAAGACUCUAUUAUUUUCAAAAUAAAUUUCACAUUCUCACAGCCCUUCUUCCAAGUAGACAAUUAACUAGUCACAUCCCACCUCCACAGAGUAGCUCAAGGGGUGGCCUACUGGUAACGUUUGCAGUGCUGAACUCUGAGUUGAGAUGUCCAGCUUUUGAGACCUAGCUGGUCGAUGUGUUGUAUUCUUGGGCAGAAAACUUAACCCUUUAACCCUGUGAGUGACCAAGACAGAAUUUCUCCUUACUAUAUCUGUAAAAUAUCAUGCACACAAGUGAUGAGAAUAAAGAAAAAUGUCAAUUAUUGGAUGACAAAUUGAUCUGAUAUCAAUUUCUCCAAACUAAUAUAGCGAGAAUUGUUCAGCAGACAGUAAGGAGAGUUAUAAAUAUGAUCUUGGGAGUUAAAGGGUUAACUCCCACAGUGUCUCUCUUCACUCAGGAGUUUUAAUAGGUAGUGGCAAAGUUUCAGGGAAGCCUGAUGAAAUGCUGGGGAUAUCUUGCAAUGGAUUGGCAUCUCAUCUAGGGAAGAGUAGUAACACUCUUAAUCACUUCAUGCUAAGGGAACUGAUAUGAGUUCUGGCUAUAAUAGCCACUUAGCUUGAGAACAGACACAGAGUAGCUAAAUGCAAAAGGAAAGCUGUGUUCAAUCCUAUUGUAUUUCAGGCUGCAGCAAAAAUGAUCAAAGAAAGUUUAGACAAGAAGUUUGGUUCUUCCUGGCAUGCUGUAGUGGGUGAAGGUUAUGGUUUUGAGCUCACACAUGAAGUCAAAAAUCUUCUCUACAUGUAUUUUGGAGGAACUGUGGCAGUUUGUGUUUGGAAAUGCUCCUGAAGAGACAGAAAAAACAAUUGCAUCUACUGUAGGCAGACUGAAUUUAGUUGAUGCAAAGUGUAGCAUCUGGCAUUUUGUUAAAACAAUAUGCUCUACCUGAGAGGAGUUGUGGUCAUACUAUAUUCUUUUAAUGAUAUUGUUGUCCAAUUUGUACAUAUGCAUUAAAAUGUCAUUAUUCUGAAACCAAUAAUCAUCAUUUUAACUGACUUCCAAAAUAAUAAAUGGUUGGCCUCUACGUUAAUUUUCCUGUAUGGUAGAGUGCGUUUCAAUAUAAAUUGAAUGCAAAUGAAAAUCAGCAUACACCAUAAUAUUUCUCUAUGUUCUGAUUGGUAGUUGAGAAUACUUUUGUUUUGAUUUUUCAACACUCAAUUGGAAAAAAAUUCCCUGUCCUUUCAUCUUUAGUCUCACAACUUAGACGACACCUGAAGAAGAUAUGAAAAGUGUUAUUGAAUUUAAAAGUGACUGUGGAGGGGGAGUACAUGUGUGGUGUUGCAUAUUUUGUACCAUUAGGGUUCAAACUGGCAUUUACUUUAAAGAAAACUACCCUUGAAUAAGUGAUAACUAAAAAUAAAUGCCAGAUUAAAAAAGCAAUACAUUUACUGGUAUGGGACACUGUGGCUUCAAUCAAGUAGAAGCAAUGAUGAAAAAAGGAAAGUUGAUAACCAGAAUUCAGAAUUAGACAUCUGAUGAUGAUUACAUUUAUGAUAAGGACCACAGCACAUGUAAAUUAACAAAAGAUCCAGCUUCUUUAUUUGUUCUUCCUUUACACUAUAAAAUGUGAUUUGCAAUGUUUUAAUAGCACUCUAUACUUAAACUUUGUUGUUACAUCAAAUUCAAGAUUUUAUAACAUUACCUUACAUAAUUUUUGUGUAUAAUGAUCUUUUUUCUUUAAAAGUUUUCGCUCUACUCAGACUACCUUGCUCUGGCUUCAGUCAAAAUAGAAUAUUAAAUAGUAUCAUUUACAUUCAACUCACUAUCUCUUUUCUGAUUGGCUGAAGUGUACAGUGAAUUUUAAAAUCAGCACCUGGGAUGUCAUCUAGCAGCAGAUUAUCCAAUACAAAGGUCAUGGGUAAUCAUGUCAUGUAUGGCCACAGUGCAUGAUUUCUAAGGCUAAUCAUGUCAAGUUUACAC